AUGAUGCUCGAUUCUCAGAUUCUGGUGCACAUCGCCGCCGCAAGCACCGCACAAGAUGAUGCACGCUAUAGGGCCCAAGUUGCCGCGAUUCUGGAAUUCCAGUGUGCCUCACGCCAGCCACUCAUGGAGAUCGAGUCUUCAGGUCCCACCGAUCGAGACCCGCAUCCACUCUCCGAUGCCGCCGAACAUUCCUCGGUGCCCUUGACGACUCAACACGAGGCUUUGCCAAUAUUGCGGGAGGCGCUCCGGCCCGCAUACACCACCACACCCUCGCCUCAUUUGCUCCCUGAAAUGGAUGGCAUGGCUCCACGCGCGCACAUCAUCUCAAAUCAUUCUUCUCUUGGGAGUCUCAUCAGCGUCAUCCCAGACUCCCAGCCAGAGAUCGCCCAGCUAGUCCACGCCUCUCCAUCUCAUGCAGCGCUAUCGUCUCCAUCGCAGAUUACUCCACCGCCACCUAAACGACGUUGCACAGCCCCGGCCUCGCCUGAUCAGGCGAAUCCGGUUUCAAUUCACGUAACUCAACCUGCAGCGAACCAGCCCGCUGCAUCUCACAGGGUGACCCCCUUCCAGUAUCAGGAUAAUCCUCUCCACCCCACUGGUUUCCCCCAAACCCCCAUCGAAACAUCUAGCUUAGAUCAAGAAAAAGGCCCAGACGCCUCCAUCAGCCACCCUACCACACCCUCACUCUCGCAUCCGAUUCCCGCAAACUCCCCAACCCCUAAUCCCAUCCCUCUCUCCACCCUCCCCCUCGAAAUCCACCCCCCAAGACCUCCAAUCUCCACUUCCCCUUUCACUACCCAUGUAACACCAACCCUGUCCAUGCUCACAGAGCGCCUAAACCCAGCACGAACCUACAACCCUUCCACCCAAUCUCGUCCCCUGGACCCCCUUGAACGGGGUUACUGGCUCGUGCAUCUCUCUAUCGAGCCACCCCAACACCAGACCCAAGAUCCAGUCGAUCUUCUCCCAAACCCCAACCCUGGAACCACUAGUCCCACUCCUCAUCCAAAGCCAAACCUAAAAGAGAACCGGCCCUGGCCCUCUCCGCUCUUUCAUGCCUUCUGGUCCUUCCUCUCGGACUUCGUAGGCAGGGAUGGCCGGGCAGGCUGGGGCGUCUGGUGUAUUCUCGAAGCUGCACCGGCCCCGUCAGCGAUCUCGUCUGACACCCACGUCUCUCUUAAAGUAUAUGCGUGGGGAGAGGUCGCCAUGCACGUUUACCUUUUGCUCUUCUUAGCGAGUGAGAGGCGGAUUCGUGGGAUGGGUGUUCAGUGGCGGGAUUCGCGGGAAGAGGUUGUCAUUCAAAUGCCGUAG